GCCCUCUCUUCCAACCACCACUUCUCCAAUCCACUUUCAUCCACCAUGGCUAGCACCACCCAAUUGACCGCCCUCGAGGCCUUUGUGGCCUCCCACCCCACCAUCCGCCUCACUCCCCCCACCUCGCCCGACUUCCCCGCCGCCCGCCAGAUCUUCCACGCGGGCCGCCGCGCCCAGCCGCUGGCCAUUGCCCAUCCGCAAACCCCCGCCGACGUGGCUGCCCUGGUGAAAUACGCCAAAGCCCAUGCCCUCCCUUUCUCUGUCCGCUCGGGUGGCCAUAACCUCGAAGGUCUGUCCGUCCACGAUGGCGCUCUUCUCAUUGACCUCCGCGCCCUCACCGCCGUCACCGUCGCUGCUGAUCGCCAAUCCGCCACCGUCCAGGGCGGCAUCCUCCAGCACGAACUGGCCAGCAAGCUCUGGGUCGAGGGAUUGGGGACCCCUACUGGCGCCAUCCCCGAUGUAGGCUAUAUCGGCUGGGCCACCUAUGGCGGUUAUGGCGCGUUCUCCUCCCACUGGGGUCUCGGCGUUGAUCAGAUCCUCGCUGCCACGAUCGUCAACCCCGAGGGCGAGAUCAUCUCCGCUGAUGAGCCCACCCUCCAGGGGAUUCGUGGCGCGGGGGGUCUCUUCGGGAUCAUCCUCGACUUGACUAUCAAAGUCUACCCACUUCCCAGUCUCUUCGCUGGCGCAAUCAUGUACGACUCCACCAACAUCGCCCAAACCCUGGUUACCUACAACGCCGCCUACCAAACCCUCCUCGACACCGACACCCCUCCUCCCCAACUAACUGUCCAACAAAUCGCCUUCAACUCCCCCCACGGCCGCAUCUUCGGAGUCAUCUUCACCUGGAGCGGUCCCGACCUAGAGGAAGGACACCGCUGGAGCGAGAAAAUCGCCUCCCUUGCCCCGGUCAUUAUGAAUACUGUCGCCCCUACGACUAUCCCCGAGUGGUUCGCGGGGAAUGGAGCCCUGGUUCCGAAAUCGAUGUAUGGAGCGCCCGCGACGUAUAAUGUGCGGAGGAUUACGACUGCGUUGGCGGAGGUGAUUGGGCGGUAUUUGGAGAUUAUGCCGGAUAAUCCGGGGACGAUGUUAUCGAUUCAUCAGGCGAGGGGGGUGGCCGUCGGGGAGGAGGGGCGGUCGGUCUUUGCGGCCAGGGAGCCCCAUUAUAUGUUGGAGAUUGUGGGCUUCGUGACGGGGGAGACCGGGAGAGAAGGGUCGGAGGACUGGGCGGAGGGUAUGGCGAGGGAGGUGAGGGAGUUGGAUGAGGGGAAUUUGUUGUCGACGGCGUAUCUCUCGUUGAUGAAGACGGAGGGGGUGGAUGCGGAGGAGGUGCUGAAGCGGGCGUAUGGGGAGAAGGCGGGCUUGGUGAGGCAGUUGAAAAGGAGGGUUGAUCCGGAGAAUGUCUUUGCCUUGACGGUGCCGCGGUUGAAGUAGAUGCUUGCUCGAAGAUGCAGGUUUGUGUGUGGAGUGAAUGAUAUACUAUCAUUCGAGGGAGUAUUGUGGAGAGGCCAGAUGCUUAAAUCGAAGGGUCAUCAGACUUAGUUAUGGGGAUCUAACAGAGAACAUCUUAUUGAUUCACUACCGUCACAAAGACGCAUAGUCCUGAC